AUGUUUAUAAUAUAUUAUGAUAACUUAUGCACAACAUAUGCAGCAGCAGGAAAUAUAUCAACAGUAUCAUCAACAGUAUCAACAUCAUCCGAUUUUCAUCCUCAAUCACAACACUGCCAAAAACAACAACAACAACAACAACAACAACAGCAACAGCAACAAGCGCAAUAUAAAUUAACAGCUGAUAAUAAUAUUAUUGUUACAAAUGAUGCAAUAGAUAUUAAUGAUACAAUACAACCAUCACAUGUGAUACAAUCAGCAUCAUUAAACAUUAUUGGUAUCAAUAACGAUCGUCGAGUUUCCUUUCAAGGAGAAUUACUUGAUCUUGAACCUACUAAAACUGGACCACAAACAGCUACUGAGGAGUAUUAUUAUCAGACAUUAUCACAAAAUAUUUCUGAUAUUGGUAAUACAUAUUGUGAACAACAAAAACGUCUUACACUUUUGUCUGAUCAAAGUUUACGAUCAGCAAUUAGUGAUGUUGGUGAUUAUUAA